ACAUGAAGUGGGUGGGGUCAACAACUGAAGUGGGCGGAGUCAAGGUAACAACAACGAUGUGACUGCGGCCAUGGAUUGUAUAUCACUAGAUUCAGCAUACUACAAUUCAUUAAAUUGCAGGUCAUAUAUCUUCAUUCUUUUCUUUUAGUAUUUAGACGGAAGACAGCAGAAUAAAGCAGCAGGGACUUUCCUGUUGGCCGGACGUGAGGCUGACGUAGUGGAGCUGGAAAUUCCUGUUGGGUUCCUCAUCGGGAAACUAUCUUGUCAUCUUCAUCGUGGAACUAUCUGUCACCCUCGGCUGUCACCGUCAUGGGACAUAAGGAGUCCACAUCAGGGGGGGAUUGAGAUGAGGGGAUCUGAUGCCAUGCCAUGGUGAAGGCACAGUGGAUAGAUACCAUAAUGGGGUCUAAAAGUAUGAUUUCACUAUCAGCGCGGUUCGUUGAUGGGGACAUGUUUAUUCACAUGUGAUGCAUGAUUAAAUCGAUUGACAGUGGAACUUUCGCGCUCAUAAGUAUCACGUCAAUAAAUUAUUUUAAUUGCUAUAUCGAUUCAACCUUUCUGAGGGGUAAAUGUGCUUAUUGCCCCUCUAAAUGAAAGAAAUGAAACAUAGACUGCUCACAUUUAAAUAUGACCAUAUUCAAAUGUAGCUUUCUUUAUACCCUGUACGCUAUUAUAAAUCCGAUGAAGGACUGCUUUCUUAGGUUUCGUGUCGAUAUAGCAGCGAGGCUGUCUAAUAGUUUCGCUUUCAUUUGGAGCAGAACCGUGAGUGUGUGACUGGGGGUUAUACCCGUGGCGUUAUUCUCCCACCUCUCCCACUCAGCCGCCCUCUGUAAUACUACAUGUAAAAACGAAACUGAACAAUCAUGGAAACUCUUUUGGAACUGAAAAAGAACCAGUUUCUGAUGGCCCUGUGUCGCAGCGGUCCUCCGCCUGAUCUGCAGUAUGACAACUCCUCAGAGCUCUUCCGCAUCUCCACGUUCGCCCGUUUCCCCGCCUCGGGCGUGACGGAGCGCAGCCUGGCGCGGGCGGGCUGGUACUACACGGGCGUGGGCAACAGGGUGCAGUGCUUCAGGUGCAACGUGACGGCGGAGGGCUGGCAAGCCGGGGACUGUCCUUCAGAGAAGCACCGGCAGCUCUCCCCCUCCUGCCCCUUCAUCCAAAGCCUGCCCUCCACGGCCAACCUGCUGUCCUCCUCCCACUCCGCCUUCUCCCCCCUGCGCAGCGCCCCCGUCCUGCCCCCGCUGUCGGCCCCUGGCCCUGCGGUCGUCCCAGCACCGGCCCUCCCGGCUCCCAGCAGCCAGGCAGAGGAGCCCGCCACCUACAUGAACAUCGGCUUCUCCGCGCCGCCCCCGUCCAGUCCGCUGGCGUCCCGCGGCGUGGAGGACAUGUCCCACCAGAGGCCGCCCGUGUGCCACAACCCCGGCAUGCGGCGAGAGCAGGAGCGCCUGGACUCCUUCCAGGCCUGGACGCUGUCCAUCAUCACCCCCGGAGAGCUGGCCAAGGCCGGCUUCUACUUCCUGGGUCAGGGCGACCGGGUGGCCUGCUUCAGCUGCGGGGGACAGCUGAGUAACUGGGUGCCGGGUGACCGCGCCGCGUCGGAGCACCAGAGACACUACCCCAACUGCCGCUUUGUCAGAGGGGACCGGGCCGACAACGUUUCCCUGGCUACCGCCGCGGCCCCAGGCCUCGGGGCCGCCACGGCGGGGCCCUGGCAGCUCUCUGGGGCCGCGGCGGUGGUGGCCCCGGGCCUCAGUAACGUGUCGAACCCCGGCAUGCAACAGAACGAGGAGCGGCUGCUCACCUUCGUCAACUGGCCCUCGCGUAUCCCGGUGCGGCCCGAUCAGCUGGCCAAGGCCGGCUUCUACUAUGUGGGUCGUAAUGAUGACGUGAAAUGUUUCUGCUGUGAUGGCGGGCUUCGCUGCUGGGAGUCUGGAGAUGACCCCUGGGUAGAACACGCCAAGUGGUUUCCAAGGUGUGAGUAUCUCCUGCAGGAGAAGGGCCAGGAGUUUGUGCAUCAGAUCCAGGCCCGGUUCCCGCGGCUCUUUGAGCAGUUUUUUCUUGUUCCUCCACAGCUUUUGACCAGCGGCGACACCACCUCCAGAGAGUUUGUGGACUCACCAGUGGUGCACGUGGGGCCUGGGGAGGAGCGCUCGGAGGACACGGUCAUGAUGAACACCCCGGUCAUCAAGUCGGCCCUGGAGAUGGGCUUUGAGCGUGGCCUGGUCAAACAGACGGUGCAGAGCAAGAUCCUGACCAGCGGGGAGAACUACAAGACCGUCCAGGAGCUGGUCUCGGACCUGCUGAGCGCCGAGGACCAGAAGAGGGAGGAGGAGCGCGAGAUGCUGGCCGAGGCCAUGGCCUCAGAUGGGUUCACGUUCCUCAAGAGGCACCAGACAGCGCUGGUCCAGCGGCUGAAGAGCGUCGAGUCUGUGCUGGAGCACCUGAGGGAGCAGAACGUUAUCACGGCGGAGGAAUACGGGGGCGUCCAGGCCCUGCCCAGCGGCCCCCAGCAGACGGCCCGGCUCCUGGAGCUGGUCCUCAGUAAGGGGAACGCCGCCUCGGAGCUCUUCCGCAACUGGAUCCAGAAGAACGACGUGCUGCUGCUCAGAGACCUCAUGGCCCAGGCAAAUGAAGCUGUGUCACCAAGUCAGGAUCUCUCAGAGCUACCCAUGGAGGAGCAGCUGCGGAGGCUUCAGGAGGAGCGAACGUGCAAAGUGUGCAUGGAUAAAGAGGUGAACAUCGUGUUCAUCCCCUGCGGACACCUGGUGGUGUGCAAGGAGUGCGCUCCCUCGUUGAGGAAGUGUCCCAUCUGCAGAGGCCUGGUGAAGGGGACUGUCAGAACGUUCCUCUCUUGAAGGAGCGGCAGUGGGAACCAGGGCAGAGACUGAGGCUCCUGGGAUCCAUUGGUUUAGUCUUGCUGAUUUUUAUGAUUAGCAUGCGGUGCAUCUUGUAAAGCUACGAGUCAGUGUAUUAUGGGAGGGGGUUUCAAAAUAUUGCAUAUGCUGGGGACACGCUAACCAGGCUGUUACUAUUAGAGUAGCCUGGUGAUGAGUAAUUUGAGUAGAUCUAGUUACACUGAGUUACACACCGACGAUGCUGAGGGUUCAAUACUAAAGUGUGAUGUUGUGCCUAAUAAAAACCUGUAGAUUUCAACCUGUUUAAUCCAGUGCAUUGUACAGCAUAAUUUAGAUAAAAUAUUACCUUGCUUCACAUACAUAAAAAGCGUGAAGCAAUCUUAACACGUACAAUUACUCAAUUAUAUUUACUAAACGGUAAUUGCAGUGUAUGUGUAAGCUAACUUUCCCUUACAGCCCAUGAUUUAGAAAGUCCCUUAUGUAAAACCAAUGUUGUCAAAUACCUAUUUUAAAUGUAAAAACCAACUGAAGAAAAUUCAUUAAUCUAGCAACCUUUUCACUUUACACAUGGCUACUUGAGAUCGUGGAAGAUAUCAUUUUGGGGGGCACUACUGGCACAUUAGAGGGAGGGUUCAUUCAUUAAUUUGGCUGCAACAUGCAACCUCAUCUCUAGAUGCUAAAUACUGGACCUUUGAUGUCACUAUUGAUGCAAGUACACCUACCUAUAUAAAUAGUGGUUCAAGUACGCGUAUUUUUAACAAGAUGUGAAGGCCAAACCAAGGACCUUAUUUGUAGGAACUGCUAUCCUUCAAAGAGAGACCUGGUUUUCUGAAGUGAGGUGUAUGCCUUAGCUCCGUACAUUUUGUCAAAUUAAACAUGUUUGGUGUAGAAAACUUUUGUAUAACUUAUCUAAGAGGUCCCUGUGCUCAAAUUAGGUCAGGAAUUCUCCCUUGAAUCAGGACGGUGGGUGGGCACCAGUGAGAAUAGGCUAUCAUUUUGGUGAGCUCGAUGAAAUUGAAAAUGAAAUUCAUUUUAUAUUGUCCGUUUUAUCAUUUGCGAUUAAGUUUAUUCAAGAAGGUUGAUGUAAAAGUUCAUGUGUGAUGCUGAUGUUAACUUUUGAUUGCCGACUUUGCCGUUUAUUUGGUGUUGAAUGAAAUGUAUUGUUUUUGAUUGUGUAUGUACUAAACGCUUUGUGUAGUUAUAUCGGUGUCCUAUAAUCCUAUGUGGGACAUGACAGAACUAUAAAAUCAUUCAUUCAUGUAGGCGAGUUUAAAAUGUUCCUAUAUUAAAAGCACACCAAAACUUACAUUUGUAGUAUAACUAGACUGAUGCUUGAACGUAAUGCAAGAGUGAUAUUAUUGAACUAAAGGGUAUACUUCAGACCAUAUCGAUUUGAGAGCAAUAAAGCUGAAGUUAUCAUCAA